CUGCAACAAACCACGCCCCAUGUUCUGGACGUGAGCUGGAACAUUUUGUUUUUGAAGCCAAUUGAGUUCCCAGCUUAUCUUCUGGUAGCAGUAAUACGCUGACUUUGUACCAUUUUAUGCACAGUAUUGACAUUAUACGUGCCGUUAAACGUCUCUUACAUGAUUAGGCGUGAAGACGUCAAAUUCGAUUAGUUUGGAGUUAAAGUAAUGCAAUGUAAACACGCCCCCCAUCCAUGCUCAUUUUCAAGAGAAAGUAAAUCAUGGAUGUUUGCGACGGCAAAAAGAGACGAAAGGUAAGCGGGAGGUUGCAGGCUUGCAGGAGGAAUGUGGCGAAACGAGAGGCGGCCAAAGUCCUCCGCUCCCUCAAGGUGGAGGACAAUAACAACCACUCGGAGUCCAUGGAGGAAGAGGACGACGAAUACUGCUUCUCUAUUAGCUUCCUCCGGACAGGUAGGCCAGAGCCUUCCUUACCGGUGCCUCCCCGGUACACCCUUAUCCGAGAGGUGGGCCGGGGGAGCUAUGGGGUGGUGUACGAGGCCAUAGCCCGGAAAACUGGAGCCAGGUUUGCGGUGAAAAGACUCCAGUGCGACGCCCCGGAAAACGUCGAACUGGCUUUGGCAGAGUUUUGGGCCCUGACGAGCCUGGAGAACCGACACCAGAAUGUGGUCCAGCUGGAGGAGUGUGUCCUGCAGAGGAACGGACUGGCUCAGAAGAUGAGCCAUGGCAACAAGAGGUCCAAACAAUACCUGCGACUGGUGGAGACGUCACUCAAAGGGGAGCGUAUUCUCGGUCACCCGGAGGAGCCAUGUUACCUCUGGUUUGUCAUGGAGUUUUGCGAAGGUGGAGACCUCAACCAGUACAUCUUGUCUCGUCGUCCCGACCCCCUUACCAACAGGAGUUUUAUGCGCCAACUGACGAGUGCGGUAGCUUUCUUGCACAAGAACAACAUCGUUCACCGUGAUUUGAAGCCGGACAACAUUCUAAUCUCACAGAAAUCGGGUGCACCUGUCGUCAAAGUUGCUGACUUUGGCUUAAGUAAAGUUUGUGCAGGCCUGAGUUCUAAGAACACUGAGGUGUUGCCCCCAGGAGGCAGAGGCAGCCACCAGGACAACAUUGUCAACAUCAACAAGUUAUGGCUGUCUUCGGCUUGCGGGUCAGACUUCUACAUGGCCCCUGAGGUGUGGGAGGGCCACUACACAGCUAAGGCGGACAUUUUUGCCUUGGGCAUCAUCAUCUGGGCAAUGAUCGAGCGGAUCACAUUCAUCGACGCAGAGUCCAAACGAGAGCUGCUGGGCACUUACAUACGACAAGGCUCAGAGAUUGUGCCGGUCGGUGAGGCGUUGUUGGAGAACCCCAAGAUGGUCCUCCACAUUCCUCAGAAGGCCAGGAGCUCCAUGUCAGAAGGGGUAAAGAAUCUGCUCCAGGGCAUGCUUGCAUUCAACCCUCAGGAGCGACCAGACGCCUGCCAGCUGGAGGUGCUGAUGGACAGAGUCACGUGUGCCGCGUGACCGCCCUACCUUCUCAACCCUUCCCCCUUUUUUUUUCUCAAAAUAGACAAAGAAGGGACUUCCUGAUUUUCCAGAUUUGUUUACCGCGUGGAUCUGGACUGUGAGAGAAAGGGACUCUUGAUAUUAUGAAACUGUGAAGAACACAACAUCUUCAUUUGGUACAGAUGUGAUUACAGAUUCCAAGACACUGGGAUGGAAUCACUAUGCAAAGGAUUCUUCCAGCAUCAGCAACAUCCCGUAUCAGACUAUGAUGACUCGUUCACUGAUAUAUCAGUGAUGGUCAAUGUAUUUGGGAUGUGGUAGCCAGGGGUCUAACGCGUUUUCCUCCCUUUUUGCCUGCUUUCUCUCUUUAUUGUGGUGCACCCAGCUGUAGCACAGAACCUGAUGCAACCGGUGCCCUGAGGUAGUUGCUUCCCCUAUGGUGGUUGUUUGAUGAAUAACUAUGAUUAGGCCAUGCAUCAGUUUCCCAAAGUUGUGCCUUAAAGAGGGUAUUCCUAACUCUGUAACACACAGUAACUAAAGAGUCCUCUUCCAUUUCAGUGUGAACCGCAAGCUCUGUUAGCCUCCCAUCUGGCUGAGGACAGACACGCAGUGGAAAGGAGACUAGAAAGCAAGGGACGGGAAGGAAAGGUAGAAAAAGUUGGUAAACAAUGCCUGCAUUUGUUGCCUUGCAAACCUGCCGUCAUGGUUUCCUCGCACACGUAUGAACAUAUUGGAAACUUGUGGACUGGCUGAGAUAGCUGGCAGCUAAUGCUUGCUGUGAAAACAAGACAGCAGCAGUAGAAUGAGCGUAUGGAAUUGGGAGGAUGGAACAAAUUGUUAAAAUACAAUUCCUUUCAGUCUUAAAUCUUCUUUAGCCAACGUUAUUGUGAUUGUUUUAUUUGACAUGCUUUUAAGUGCAGUCUUUCAAGAUCUAGCGCAGCAUUAUCAUGAUUAUCAGUAGCAUUAAAUGUUUUUCCAUUUAGGAAGGGCAUUAUAUAUCAAGCCUGGUACACACACAAAAUAAUUGGGACAGUUUUAGCCAGAUCUCCUCCGUCUCACCAAAGUCAGCAAAAGCCUGAUUAUCUGGUGAAACUAUCACAUGGAACAAUAGCCAACAGGUAAGCGAGCGACCAGCACUGCAAGACUUCAAAAAUAAAGCUUGUCAAAUACACAGAUUACACAACCCAAAACGUACCACUUCCACACAGAAUGGGAGAAUUUUUUUUCACUAUCAUGAUGGCUGACUCCAUGCAGUGUGAAGGUAAUGUAAUAUAUAAUGUAACAUUACUGGUGCCUAGUGACCAGAAUACGACAUAUAACUUGUCUUACAAUAUUUUUUGACUAAUAACAGACCACAGUCUACCACAAAACAGCGAUCAUUAUCAAUGAAUUAAUUUUUGAGUGAGGCAGUGAUGUUCGAACCGCGAUGUAGCGAGGGACGACUGUGUUUAAUGUGUCAUACUGUACAAGUCUUGCCACAACAGAGUAGCCAAAAGACGGCGCGGCAGAUAAAUUAACAGCCUAGCUCUUCUUCUUUAAUUUUCCCAGCAGUCUGGGUGCCCUGUGGCUCCUUGCUGAUCCUAUCAGGUCAGUCCAGGUACUACGUCAGGCCCCUGUUGGUGUGUACACAAUAAGAACACAUGCUGAUUUUAUUGGCAUGUGGGGGGUCUCUCAUCCAGAAAAUCCUUGUGUGUGUGUGUGUGUGUGUACCAGGCUUUAAAAUGUAACUGAAAUACUUACAACAACUCACAAGAAGUUAGGAAUAUUUCUGAUAAAUUUCAGGAUGAACUUAAAAUGUACUACUGUAUAACCUUUACGGGUGAACUUAAUUUGAGCUCCUCUAAUUUUGAAUGCCAACAUGUUCAAUGUUUCAGUACUUAUUGCACAACUUGCUGUCCUCUAACAGAGCAGUUGUGCAUAUCCCUAACGGUUUUUGAGUAAUAUGCUUUUUCUACCUUUUCCAUCUUUGUUAAGGGAAACAUUCUGGACGUAGCUGUAUUGAGCCAACUGGAUGUAAAGGUUCUCCAGAUCAACUUUACAUUUCCUACAUUCUUUCUUGAAGAGCUUCAUAUGUUUUUACAGUUUUCGCUCAAGGAGGUGGCUAGUCAGUGCGAUGCUCGAAUGCCAGUCUAACCCCCUCACGGUGUAUAAUGCAAUCAUUAUGAGGGAGAAUUCAAUGCAAAGUUCAAAUACAGAGUGGUAAACUGUAGUAGUCUUGUGUACAGACAAGUCCGAAGAGCCCUCCCUGAAGGUUUGGUUAACGAACAUAUAGAGAGCGCUCCACUAACCUUCACUCUAUGCACCUGACCAAAGUAUGACGUAGCAUUUAAUUUCAGUCACUCAGCAGUAGUAGUUGUAUAUGUGGUGUGGAGCUACCUCAUUCUAAGCACUCUGAACCUCGCUACCUUUAAACCCUCAUGUCUCUCACAAAUAUCCUCAGGUUCUUGGCAAGUUAUUCAAUACUCAACUCGUAUCUGAGUAGUUUUCUUUGUUGUGUGCUGUUAAAAGGGACUGUAUGCAAGCGCCGGCUAGCAUAUGUUACCAAUAGUGGUUUAAAAGAAUAGAUUGUAACAUCAAAAAUGUGAUAUUUUUGGGAAUUUUGAAUUAAACUCCGUCAAAAUGGUCAUAAAUGUUCGUUUUACAUGCACAUUAACGUACGCGCACACACAAAAGUAGUCUCGGAGAAGCGACUGACAAUUUGGAGUCAUUGUGUACCGGUCAAUUUAGACUACCGUAUUUUCCGCAUCAAGCGUACCGGAUUAGAAGGCGCACCGUAGAUUUUUGAGACAAUUAAAGGCCACCUUGUAGCCGUUUUUGUGGUUUAAAAUUGCUCUGAAGUGAAAUGCAUUAGCGGAGAGUUGCGUCAUCACCUCUUUUUGCCGCUCGCGCAAAAAGACGUACAAAUACGUUUUUGGGAUCGGGCAUUGAGGUUUAUAAAAACGUACAACUAUGUCUUUGGUAUUGAGUGAGUUAAUGAUAGGCGAUACAUUCAGUGAUUGCUAAUGUUAGUAGCUAAACUUUGCCAAAUAGUUAUCAUUAGCUGACAUUAACAUACAGUAACUGGUGUGUGUGUGUGUGUGUGUGUGUUAUGUCAAAGCAGGAGGCGGGAUCUAAUGCUUGCAUGCGUGCGAAUGUUUGUGCCCUCUCGGCAGCUGGAGUACCCCGCUGCAUACGGUCCCUUUUAAGCCCAGCAUAACCGAUAACAACUUAAGACAUGUUGUAGCACUCACUCACUUUCUUCUUGCCCUCAGUACAGUCACCUUAUUGUCGCCUCGUAUCUGUGAUGUGUUGUUUUUGUAAAGUUUUACUCACUUUUUAGACAAUCUCAAAGCAAAAUGGAACUAUAUUGCCUGUCCAACCUGCUCCCAUUAUGCAAUUCAAGUCCCACACCCAGUGCACAAGAACAUUUCCACACAAAUGGAUUAGUUUAAAGUCACUUUAUGGGAUCACUGCUUCACAGAUUAUAUUUUGAUUGUGGAUUGUAAAAGUGCUGGAUCUAUGUGUCGUAUAGCAAGGUUGACAAGUUAUGCAGUUAAAGUUUUUUGACUUGUAGUGCUGGAGCUUAUGAUGUGAUUCGGGCUCUUAAAAAUUAAGCUUCUCGUCACGAUAUUUUCUUUCACACUGAGCGUCUUCAGACUGGUUCCACUUGAAAAAAAAAAACACGUCACACUAUGCAAAAUGUCUCACUGCCUCUCUGGGAACAAUUGAAAUAUACACUGUUUGUUUGUGUGUUUCCACCAUGUAGUGAGAUGUAUGUUUAUUAUAUUACGUAAAUAAACAAGUCAUUUUGUUACUGAAGUUGAAAGGAGCCAUUUAGAUGUUUGUGGGCUUUUUUUUUCCUCCUGAAAAUGUGUCGGACAGGUUUUCUUGAAAUAAAGCGUUCAAAGUUGA